AUGACGGACUUGGGUGAGCUACAUCAUUUUUUGGGCAUUGAAGUUCAUCAAUCUAAAGAGGGAAUUUUUAUUUCUCAAGAAAGUUAUGCUAGAAAAAUUCUGGAAAAAUUCAAGAUAGAGCAAGCCAAUCCCGUCUCAACACCAUGCAUCACCGGAAUAAAAUUAAGCAAAAAUGGUGAACUAAAGCUUGUUGAUUCUACCAUGUUUCGAAGUUUGGUUGGAAAUUUGAUGUACUUAAUCGCUACAAGGCCGGAUAUAAUGUUUGCGGUAAAUUUGGUUAGCCGAUUCAUGGAGAAACCACAUUCAAGUCAUUGGGAGGCUGCAAAAAGAAUUUUGAGGUAUGUGAAAGGAACUACUGAUUAUGGUAUUUUUUAUCAAGCAAACAUUGUUCCAGUUAAACUUGUUGGCUACACGGAUAGUGACUUGGCGGGAAGUAUUGAUGAUAGUAAAAACACAUCCGGCUAUGUCUUUAAUCUUGGAAGCGAUGCAAUUUCAUGGAGUUCGAAGAAGCAAGCUAUUGUGGCUCUUUCUAAAAUGGAAGCGGAGUAUAUUGCUGCCUCACUUGCCGGUUGUCAAGUCAUUUGGUUGCAAGGUAUUUUGGAAAGUCUCAAGCACAAGUAA